AUGGCGGCAGCUGUUCGGAUUCUCCGCGCUGGCGGUAUUCCACAGGAAAACCGUAAAAGUAUUUUGACAUCUCGCGGUGUGGCAAAGCGCCAACGAGAGGAGCCUAACGUAUGGCAACACCGCGUGCACCCAUCCACUUCGUUGGAACUGAGCCGUAAAUGGUUUGCGAAGCAAAUUGCCGAACAGAUGCAACGCGGUGGUCUCUUCACCGAUCCAUUCAUGGAAGCCAGCCAUGUCACAAUCGGGUCUACUCGGGGUCGUCACCAGUGGCUUCGGCCUCAUGAGAUAGUCAGCAAUCCUCAGUUCGUUUCCGACGGAAUCAGUCGGUUCGACGUGAGACAAGGAGAACUAGGUAAUUGUUGGUUCUUGGCUGCGGUUGCCUGUUUGUCAAUGCAUCCGGAACUCUUGGAGCAAGUUGUUUGUUGUAGUACAGCGUUAUUGCCCACCCCCGCCCCGUCUUCACCCGGUAGCCCAAAAAAGGGCACUAUUGCCAGUCAGGUUCCAGCUUCUUUCGCGGCCCACCUUUCGUUAUCUCCAGAGCUGAUGAACGCAAACGAAGGUCGACGCUCGGAAUAA